UUCGAUUUAUGCAAUUUGUUGGAGUGAAGUUGUAAUCUCAUCGCUCUUAUUGUGAUCGGGUGUUGGUGGUGGUUUAUUUUUAUUCCGGUAGACCGUAACAAUAAGUGGUCGACCUCUUUGCUAAGGUAUGUCUCAUAUGUGCUUGUUAAUGCUUGUAUGUGGUUAAAUUUUUCCCACCAUCCGGUCGACCGUACUUUUGUAAUUAUAUGAUUAGGUCGACCUUUCAGUAAAUUCAGGUCGACCGCAUGUUUGUUAUUUAGUAAUAAGGUCGACCGUACAGUUCAUUCAGGUCGACCUGACGAGAGCUAAUUGUGUAUGUUUUUUACAUUAAGUUCGUAUUCCGAUCGUUGCAGGAUGGAUAACAGAGAUGAUACAGAUGAUAGAGAUGAUGAUGAGGUUAACUUCGAUGAGGAACCUAAGGAUGCUCGAGAAGGAGCUAUGGAUAAUUCAGAUGAUACAGAUAAUACGGAUGAUGAAGUGGUUGGGGAUGAUAAUGAAACCGAAGGUGCUGAAGAAGAAUUUAUAGAUGAUGAAGAAGCUACUGAAUAUGAACAACAAAUUCCUUCCAUGGAGUUCCAAACAUUAGAAGAUGCAGAGAAAUUUUACGAUUCCUAUGCUAAAGCGAAAGGAUUUAGCGUUCGACGUAGAGAUCUUCGGAGGAAUCGUCGAGGAGUAGCAAUUGGGAGGACAAUGGUAUGUUCGAGAGAGGGGACUAGAGAUAAGAUGCAUAUAGAUAAAGAAGGUCGGACUCGACAACAUCGUAAGAUGACAAGACAUUAUUGCAAGGCAUCGUAUACUGUACGCUUUGAUCGGAAUAAGAAAAUGUGGGUUGUUUCUAAGUUUGAGAGGAAGCACUCACAUCGUUGCUGCAAUGAAGAAGAAACUCAAUUCCUUCGGUCUCAUCGAAAUGUGAGUGAAGGAGACAAGGCUCUAGCGAUAGGGAUGCGACAGUCAGGAAUAAAACAACGCAACAUUGUUCAGUUCAUGAAGAAUAAAGUUGGAGGAUAUGAGAAUCUGGGGUACACUCCAAAGGAUUUGGACAAUGCUGUUCAGCAAUCCCGAACAGUUGACGACGAUCUAAUAGGAGAUGUUAACCGAACAUUGGGUUACUUGCAAAGUAAACAUACCUCUGAUGCAGGCAGCUUCUUCAAGUACACAACCAACGAUGAAGGUGAAUUAGGCAAUCUCUUCUGGUCGGACUCCACAUCUAGAGCAGAUUACCAUUUUUUUGGGGAUGUCUUGGCGUUCGAUGCAUGCUACAAGCGCAACAAGUACAAUCGACCAUUUGUUAUGAUGGUUGGUGUAAAUCACCACCACCGUAACAUCAUAUAUGGUUUUGCCCAGUUGGAUAACGAGACGAUCCCCAACUAUGUGAUACGCCCCUAGGGGGGUGUAUGUUAUCAAAGUCA